CCACACCGACAAAGCAUCUACUGCACAUCAGCACAUCUAAAUUCUCUUGAGAGUGGAAUGGCAUGAACAUACAUGCGCUAGUUAAUAACUACAAUCAUUCAAAUGUAUAAACACAAGACCGGUUAGGAUUCGAAACCCCAACGAGAAAACACACCAUGGGUGUCGGUAAGAUCGUUAAACUCUCCAAACCCAUCGAAAAAUUCCGAGAAAUCCACAAAAACCUCUCCCUCAGAUCCUCCCCAAACCUAUGGCCUGAUCACAACCACAACAACGAACACGAACCCACUUUACGCCUAACCCACCCCAUCUUAACCAAACUAGACUCACAUCCCACCAUUACCUUAACACAAUUCAACCAAAUACACACCCAACUCAUCGUUUCAAAUCUCUUCCAACACUCUCUUGCAGCCAGUCGAGUAUUCAAGAAACUCUGCGCUUCACAUUCUACAGUUCAUCAUGCCGUUAAUCUAUUUCACGCUUUAGAUGAGCCUGAUGCAUUCAUAUGCAACACUAUUAUAAGAGGGCUUUUAAAUUCGAAUGAACCAGUAAAGGCUUUUGAUUUUUACAAAGAAAUGGUGGGAUUAUUAGUGCCUGCUAAUAAUUAUACGUAUCCUUUGGUGGUGAAGGUUUGUGCUGAAUUGGAGAGGGUUAGAGAAGGGGAAAAGGUGCAUACCCGAGUCGUAAAAGACGGGUUUGAGUUGAAUUUGUAUGUGCGGAAUGCGUUGAUUCGGUUUUACGCGGUUUGUGGGAGAAUUGGGGAUGCACGGAAGGUGUUUGAUGUGAGUUUGGAGGCGGAUAUGGUGACGUGGAACUCGAUGAUUGACGGGUAUGUGAAGAAUGGGAUGGUUGGUGAUGCACGCGAGGUGUUUGAUGAAAUGCCGGAGAGAGAUGUGGUUAGUUGGAACUCGAUGAUUGCGGGGUAUGGUUUGGUUGGGGAUAUGGUGGCUGCACAGGAGUUGUUUGAUGAAAUGCCGGAGAGAGAUGUUGUUUCGUGGAAUUGUUUGAUUGAUGGGUAUGCGAGAAUCGGAGACGUUGUGGUCGCACGUAAAUUCUUUGAGUGGAUGCCGUGUCGAAACGUUGUUUCGUGGAAUACUUUGCUAGGGCUUUACGUGCGGUGUAGAAAGUUUGACGAGUGUUUGGCUCUUUUCGAUGAAAUGUUGGAACAAGGUGUAAAGGCUAAUGAAGCAACGGUUAUGAGUGUUUUGACUGCGUGUGCGCACUUGGGAAGACUUGAUAAGGGUAAAUGGGUCCAUUCUUAUGUUAAAAACAACAAGAAUGUUGUAAUAGAUGUGUUGCUUUCGACUGCUUUGUUGACGAUGUAUGCUAAAUGUGGAGCUAUGGAUAUGGCUAAACAAGUGUUCGAUGAAAUGCCUGAGAGAACUAUAGUAUCAUGGAAUUCGAUGAUCAUGGGAUACGGAAUGCACGGGCAUGGAGAAAAAGCGUUAGAAAUGUUCUUAGAGCUAGAGAAAAGUGUUUUAGUCCCAAACGAUGCUACUUUCGUGUGCAUUUUGAGUUCGUGUACACAUGCCGGAAUGGUUUUGGAGGGCUGGUGGUACUUCGACUUGAUGCAACGAGUCUACAAGAUCGAACCAAAGGCCGAGCACUACGGUUGUAUGGUUGAUCUCCUUUCUCGAGUUGGUUUGAUGAAAGAUUCCGAAGCGAUGAUCAAGAAUACACCCUUGACAACGGGACCCGCCUUAUGGGGAGCCUUACUGUCGGCUUGUAGGACCCACUCGAAUCUAGAACUAGGAGAGAUGGUGGCGAAACGUCUUAUUGAAUUGGAACCAAACGAUGUAGGACCGUACGUGUUGUUGUCAAACAUAUAUGCCACUGCAGAGAGAUGGGAUGAUGUUGAAAAUGUGAGAGAGAUGAUGGUGAAAAACGGGUUGCAAAAACCGGUGGGGUCGAGCCUGGUUCAACCCGGAAAUGAUGGUGUUAAAUCGGUUGAAGAGGGUUAUUCCUUUCACAAGAGGAGAUUAAUGUACUCCAUGUUGAGUGAUAUGGGUGUGCAAAUGAAAAUGUCACAAAGAAAUAUGAUUCAACAAGAGGAAUAGUUUCAGUUGAAGUCAAUUCUUCUUACAGUAAUUUGUUCAUGUGAAAGAGAAACAAUGGUUCAUGGCAUCAUAAAAUGUUGCAGACAACCAGCUGUCUAAACCAAGUAACUAACUGAACCCGAGCUCUUCUCGUUUAAGAGAGCUCGAACUUGCAUAAGCUAGAGCAUGACUCGUUUAUUUAAGAGAACUUGAGCUCUGCUCGUUUCCAACUCUACAUCGAAAGCUCGAGCUUGGCGUUUUAAUAAUUUUUCAAGCUCAGGUGCACCAUCAUAUGACUGCGCCGUUGCAACAUUAUUUCAUAUACACCGGCCACAACUCGUACCUCACGGGAAACCAGUUCAAUAGUGAUUGUAGUGAGGUACCAAUUAUAAAAGCGCUUCUUAAAGGCGUGAGGGUGAUCGAGCUAGAUUUAUGGCCGAAUAGUGCAAAAGACGGGAUUCAUGUUCUUCAUGGGUGGACUAUGACGACUCCAGUAAGGCUUAGCAAAUGUUUGAAGUCAAUUAGAGAGCAUGCUUUUGUGAAUUCUCAUUAUCCGGUGAUCAUCACUUUAGAAGAUCAUCUUACACCAAAUCUUCGAACUAAAGUUGCAACGAUGGCGACAGAAAUAUUUGGAGAUAUGCUUUACUGUCCAAAAGCAGGAGAUAACGAUGAAUUCCCUUCACCAGAAGAAUUAAAGCAUCGUAUCAUUCUUUCAACAAAACCACCAAAAGAAUGCCUUGAAUCUAAUAAGCUUGAAGAAGAGUUGAUUGCAGAGGACGAGACGCCUUGCAUCUGUGAAAAUACAAACCCGAGUGAUAAAACGAUUAGCUAAUUAACAUUAUAAAGUUCAUUUUAUUGGUUGAUUAAAGGGGUGUUUUGAUUUGAUUUCGGUUCUUUUAGCAGAUUGGCAGUAAUCAGGAAGGUAAC